AUGUCAGCACCUCCAUACCUCAACCCAGGAAACUAUGUCAUCUUUGCAGAGAACACAACGGCUACAACCACCACCUCACCUCUGCAAAACGGACGAUCCAACUUUGCAGUCACUUGCCCACUGGCUGCUGGAGCAAAUUUGACAAUCACGCCGCUCACGUCCGCGGCUAAUGCGACACCUGCUCAGAUUUGGCUUGUUACGGGGGAUGGUAUGAUUUUGUCAAAGACUACGGCUACGGGCCAGUUGGCCCAGUCCCCGAUCUUUUAUGCGAGCUACACCAACAACGUUCCCAACAUCGUCACGAGCAGCGGGUCUACUAACCCUGCCCCCAGCACCAAGUUUGUGUUCAAUGUCUCGCAGGUAGCUAAGACUGACCAGGGAGACGCGCUUUCAUACCUUGCUACGGUUAUGACUGCUGAUAAUGCCGACCAAUUCUGGACCAUCGAUUCGGUGGUCAAAGCAAAUCUCAAGAGUACCUCGAAGAGGUUUGUCUUUGUUCCUGUUUGA